UCCCUCCGCCGCAUGUAGAGCCGACAGGACAGAGGCAGUGAGUCAGUUUAGUCGGGCAGCUGGCAGAGAACAUCACGCAGACUUUUUUCUUUUCUCUUCAUUUCCCCUUUAUCUCAGAAGGAACCGCUCACUUGGAAUAAAAAACGAACAAACAAAUAAACUGACCAUAAAAGAAAAAGAAAAUUUUCGUCAAGCACUCUACCCAAUGUGAAGAGAAAAGAGGCUGAAAAGAAGAGAAAACAGCGAAGAAAUGGGAGCGUUCAGGCUGCUGCUGGGGAGUUUACAUUACCUGGGACUCUAUCUGCAACUUAGUGUCUCCACAAGGCAGGCUGGACACCGAGACCUGGAGAACCGCGUCUCUGGGAACGCCAUGUUUACUGAGGUUCCCCAUGACAUGACUGCCCAGAGAGGCCAGGAUGUGGAGAUGGCCUGUUCCUUCAGAGGAGCAGGAACGCCGUCCUACUCGCUGGAGAUCCAGUGGUGGUACAUCAGGAACCACCUGGAGUGGACGGACCAGCAGCCCUGGACGACUAAUGAGGUGUCUCCUGAGGAGGAAACGCCAAAGGAUGCUACAAAGAUCAGUGUUGUGAAGGUCGUGGGGAGCAACAUCUCCCACAAGCUCCGUCUCUCCCGGGUCAAAACGUCAGACGAAGGCACCUAUGAAUGCCGCGUGAUCGACUUCAGUGACGAGGCCGGCGCCCGCCACCACCGUGUCAGAGCCUACCUGCAGGUGGUGCCAGAGAGCGACGCCAACUUCGAGGCCGGGGACGACACCAAGGCGGGGACAGCGUUCGUCGAUGCAGAGCCGCACGGCGGUGGCCAUCACCAGAACCACGGGCCCCACCUGGAGCACGGCAAGCGGCCCCAGGCGGCCCCCCACCACGGCCACAGCCACGGCGGCGACGGGCCGCAGCACAACGCUGCCAGGGAGCUGAAGAGGAGCGGUACCGACAAUAACCACAGUGACUGCUCCAACGAGCCGAGCUGCGCUCUGUAAACCCAGAGGUCACAGAACCAGAUGUUUGGUCACAGAAAGCAGCUUCCCUCUCACACAGAGCAGGAAUGAAGAAACCCAGAAUCCAUAGAAACGUUUAAUAUGGCUUGUAAAGAGCGCAGAGGGUGAACUGUGAGGGGGGAGUGGCUUUGUGGUUUUUAUUUAUGUUGAUGCUGUGCAGAAGUUUAGAUGAACUGGUUCCUGUCUGUAAACUGCCUGUAAAGCAGGGUGGUGGGGUAGAUCUAGGCAGCUUUACUGUUUCUGAUCUCAGCAUCCACAACUAGAUAACCUACUAAAAAGGAAAAGACUUUAGUCUGUCUAUUAACCAGUAAAUAAUAUGUUGCUUGAACUCCAGAUCCUGUAAAAAGACAUGAUCACACCUUCCACUGCCUUACUGUCGCUCCAUUCGCCCAGACAAACAGGAAGUGGAAUAUUUUCUCACUGGUUCAAUUCCAAGUGCUUUUAUUCACACAGUCCUCUAAAGUCCAACAUAAAAAACCUGCUGAUUUC